UACAAACUCCAGGCCACCUGGCAACAAUGGGCCACGAAUCCGUACAACCUGCAUCCGUCGUGGCACCUCUUUAUCUUGUUUAUGCUCCUGGCCUGGAUAAUUGGGAGUUCGGUGUGUGGGUUUUAUGAGGUUGGGGCUGAUGGGGGCAAGUUGAGGAUUGCGAAGUUUUGUAGGGGUGCGCUGGGGAGCGUGCCGCCGAUUAUUCAGUUGAUUUUGUUUUUGUAUCCGCCGCUUUUUGUGCAGUUU